AAUUGUGUUAUAUACCAGUGACCGCACACUGGUUGGUGGCACAACGUGUUCGGCAGAAGAUGUCACGCACAUGCGCAUUUAUUGUUAGGAUGAAGAAGGGGAUGACAAGAUCGCGCGCUCAGCGUAUCGCGGAGGAUAAGAGUAGAGCAACCGGGAAUCUUGACAGCUUCACAAGCAUCCAGUAUAGAAAUAUUUGCGUGAUGCUCUCAGUCACAGUGAAGAUAUUCUCAUGUAAAACGGAUCAGCGUGUGCAGAAUCACGGUGGCGCUAGUAUCGUGAAACGAGGGUGACUUUUUCGGCACGAAGAUUGACGCUAGCGCCGCGUUUUCCCGUGUGUCCGUCACGGAAGGUCGGUUUACUUGUUUGGCGGUGUCCGCUAGUUUACUCUGUCUGCCUGCAGAUUGGCCUGACUGGCUGGUUAUCUGUAGGUGGUUACGUUGGUGUAAGUAACGUACGGAUACGUGCGUGUGGGAACGAACGUGCCGAGCGUCGACGGCGUUACGUCGGUUGAUCCCGAAAAGAUGGCCGCUGCGACAGCUUACGGUGGUGUUGACGUCGUUUGGUGCGAUCUCGCGUCAGCAUAGCAGCGUGAAAAAGACGAAGGAGGAUAUCAAAGAGAAUAUAAGAAGAGUAGGAGGAUACGGACGUGUCCUCUGAGAGGAUUGUGAGAGGAUCGAGUGCGUGCCGUGUGUGGUGCGUGAGGUGUGAAAGGCAGGCGGCCCGUAGCGCGAGGAGCGGGCGAGCGCGCGCCGCGAGAAACGACGACGACGACGACGACGACGACGACGAAGACGACGUCGACGAGGACGAGGAGAAGCAGGGGGACGACGAGGAGAAGGAGGAGGAGAGUGAGAAAGGGGUUAACAGGAGCGAGCCGCGAGAAAACAAAUGCGAGCGGCUCGCACGGUGUCCAGGCACGUAGGACGACGGAUUCGCGAGCGCAGCCGUGCCCGUGUACGAGACACACUUACGCCAGUCAAGUUGAACAUUCGUGUAAACGGACGGCCAUAUUAAUCCGGCGCCCCGCCGUCACGGGAGAAUCGCCACUGGAAUUGUGCUACGAUAAAUCUGAGUGCUCUCUCAUGAGAGCAUCCAUCGCAGCGUCCCUCCGAGCGGAUGACGGUUCGUGGACGAACGCGCCCCUUGUGCCGAAUCCGACCGCUAUCAACACGGCCACGGACGACCACGACAACGAGUCGAGCGCCGCUGUUUGUUUUGCCUGAUGUUCGUGCACCGCCAGCUUAUUCUUGUGCCUCUUCUCUCUCUAGACUACGGUCGUACCACCCUUAGGCCCUAUGCUACUUACCUAAGGGUAGAGGUGCAGCGAGUGGAGUGCAGGACAUAGGAGACUCGAGUGGAUAAGACUGUGACAGGGUUUGAGAUACUCUCGGAGGAGGACAAACGUCACCUUCGCUGGAGAAGCUUGGCGAGGUUGCUGAUGUCCGCCACAAAUCUUGCCUCUGCUCCAGCACGGUGCUCGUCACAGUCCCGUUCCAGAAGGUGGUGCACGUGGAAACAUUUAAACGGCAAGAACGGCACAAAUUGGCUGAGACGAACUAGGAAGCUGGCUUGCAGCUCUACACCCCAGUGGCUUCCAUACCUAAAGUACUGCCGCGCUCGACACCCCUCUGAAUGUCUUCGCACAUCCAAAAGUCGUGCGUGGGGCUUGAAGCGACAUUGAGUGACAGCAAAAAGAAGUACGGGGACAAGGUGAAUGCACUUCUGUCCGCCUGGGAGCAUGUCACCAAUUUCAUUCCUGCGGCAACCCCAGAGGCCACCCAGUCUCUCAUAGAAUGGGCUCACAAACAUACCUUGAAACUUGUAUUACGCGGGGAGUGGCCGAAGCUGUCACCCGCCACGAAGACGCACCUCAGCGUAACCUUGCAGAGGUGCGCGACACACCUGGUGCAACACCCCGCAGCUUCCAGGUGUACAGACUUGAUCGCACUUGUGCACAACCCAUGGACGCAUCCUGUCCUCGACAGUAUACUUAACGGUCAACCAGAUUCCGAACAUGAGGACGAAUUCUGCUGUUCGGAAAAGGGAGAGUUGCUGACCAUGAGGCUGAAAAUACUAUGCGAGGACCGCUGCGAGGACAUAGCGGUGAACCUCGCGGCUGCCUGUGUCCGCUCUCUCAGGAGAAGCGAUCGGUUACGUUCGCUUUCGGAUUCCCAUCAUGUUCAAUAUAUGAUUGACGUAUACAUUGUCCUCUUGUACAAACUGAAACGCACGCAAGACAUAUUCGCUCAAUUAAAAUUAAUGGACCUUAGCGACGGUCUCGAACUGGUGCAGAGGCUCAGUGGAGAAAAGCCAACCAAGUACGGAACUGCUCGCGUAUGGAGGAAUUCGAUAAAAGCGGCCGAAUUGGUUGCCCAGUACCUCGUCACCGCUGGUAUGGUUCGACCAGUUGGGGAAACCGGGGCUAGUACCCUCGAACAAAUUCUAAAUUCUUGGGCACUUCUGCACGUAAAAUUAAAGGACAUUGCGCCUACCCUUCCUGGAAUGAUUCGGAAACUCAUCGAACCUGCUGAAAGUGCCCAGCACAUAUAUAUCUUCUGUGCUGUACUCUCGAAGCACUUUGGUGAUAACAUUAAGUCACUGGUGAUAGAAUUAUAUAUCAGAGCCUUGACGACUGAUAUGAACGAGCUGGAGAGUCAAAAGGCAAAAUCUGAUAAGGAAAAAGUUCGCGAAACUGCGAAACGUCUUAGUACGCAAUUCCUUAAGUUGGCCGAUGCCGUGGAUAAUGUUGGAAUCGCUAGGGAAUGUGUUUUAACUGCGUUCUCCCUUCAUCCUACCAGAAUAUGCUACGACAGGAUAAAGGAGAUGGCCAUAUCAUGUGGCAAAGCGAAACAAGAUGGGACGAAUGAGGCAGUCGAACAUGUCCUGGACACGGGUCAAAACAAUGUUAAAAGUGAGAAGAGGAUUGACAAUUCUCAAAGGGCAGAGACGGCAAAUUUCGAUAGUACAGUUCAAUCGACCUCGACUUCAUCUUUGGCAACAGUGACAACAGCAACGGAAGUCACGACAACUACCACUGCGACGUCGUCGACAACAACAUCGACGACAACGACGUCUUCAGGAAUUGGUUUUCAGAACGGUAUCGCGAAGACCUUCGAGCGAACCGAUCAGUUGCUCAAAAGUCUCUUGACGUCUCCAAGAAAAAGCGAUACAGCCAGUGACAGAUGCCUUUUGCAUCCUAAAAGAAAUCCUGAUUCCGAUGGACCACUUGGUGAACUCUGUUUCAAUUGUGGUGAGUUUACCGGAAUUGAACUUCCACGCAGCAAGACUCCAGAGGUGGUGUCUAAUGUCGAGAGGACAUUGGACGCGCUUAUUUUAAUACAAGGAGGAGCUAUGACAGGUUCGUCGAAUUAUGACGAGAAGUGCGUGCCGAAUCAAGUGCUGGAUGGCGAAAAACUGGGAUUGUCACCACAACUUUGUGACGACCUCGCCGUUGUGCUCAGCAGUCCCAGGUAUCAUAUGCUCAGCUGGGUACUGGAUUGGAAGGAACUGAAUGGCCUGUGCGAGAGAUACCUCGAGAAUGCGGAGGAGAUGCGCAAUACGAAUAAGGAGCUCAAGUACCUAAACAUCGACUACUCACAGUUUAAGGACUGGCCCUCUGAGGAUGACACGAAGGACGUUUUUUACGGGAUCGAAAAGGGAUACGAGCAAUGGGCGGACUUACCUUCUGAUAAUUCUGAACAAUUUGGCAGCUUUCAGCCAGCUGGACCUUAUAAAAGAUCUUCGACAAGACGAAGCCUCGACGAUACGACAGACUCGGAUAGCGGAAGUGUCCUUCGUGUAAGAAGAACCGCCAGGCAACGGAAAGUUCAUAGAUUAGAGUCGUCAGAGAGCGACUAUGACAGCUCUGAAAGGAAACCAAAACACUUCAGAAGUCGGACGAGUUCCGUAUCUGACAGCGACACCAACACACAAGACAGUCAGACAGACAGUCUGGGUAGUGACGGUUGCCGCCAUGAAAAGAAACCAAACAUUGCAGUGACUAAGGAAGUCAAUAAAAAACGUGGCAAAUCGAAACUUACUAUGGAAUCCGUUUCACACUUCCACAUGCUCGUCAACGAGAAUAUUAGACAUCCAGGUGAAGAUGUCAGUAGCUCGGACAUGAGUAGCAAUGAUAUCAUCACCCUUUUCUCUGCUGAUAUGGACGAGAACAAGCGAGAAACCAUAAAGGGUUCUGCAUAUGCGUCCGCGGGUCCGUUGAUCAUCUCCGAGAAGAGAAGCGAUCCAGCUGUCCUCAAGUCCUUGAGAAUGUUUAGGCCGCAUAACGCCAAGAAACCAACGAGGAUCGCUCAAAUUCUGCAGAAAAAUUUACUAAACAAAAACAAGGAUAAUAAUAACGUCAGCAAUAAUUCGAAUAUUACUAAGUUUGCCCCGAUGCUGAGCUCACUAAACCUCAAUCCCAAGAUUGUGUUAACUAGAGCAGACGAGGUGGAUAAGAAAUUGGCUCAAUCGAAAAAGCAGCUCAGCGCUGGCGACAUUACCAGCGAGCUCAGAAACAUACAAAAAAGUAUGCCAUUCUCGCCAAAUAAAAAUGCAAUCGGAACGUAUCAGAAACAAAAGCAAAAGAAAGUGGGUAUUGGCAGUGCUACAAAGGGUGACCUGAGCUCGAUCGACGGAAGACGUCUUAGUUCUGUAAAGUCCAACCUGGGUAAAUCCAAGUUCGAUAUUCUGGCUAAAGCAGUCAGAGACUCUGAUAUACUCGCGAAAAAUGUUCCUGGACUGAACUCCUUGGACAUGAUGGUACCUCCUCGAGUACAGUCAACGGUUAACGUUGUUCAGCUCUCCAGAAACAUUCCUCAGAGCCCGAAUUCGGGUUCAGUGAACAGUGGCAAUACACCUCCGAGAAAUCGGACUUCCACCAUCGCAGGAAAUAUUCAGUUACCAGGCACUCCUUCCUCCGGUGGUCACGAUAGCGGUGUAGGAAUGAGUCCUGCAGGUCAGACUCCUCCACCGAGAUCAGCCAUGCACGACCUUGGCGAGGAGGCUAACCAACCUCCAGACACUCCUCCGACGGGUCUGAUGAAUGCCUCGAACAUAAUAGAACCAGACAGUCCCAGGCCGCACACUAAUCAGAGAACAAACCAAAAUCAAUCGCCAAAGAAAUCUCCAUCGCCGUCGACGACGGCAACGUCGGUGCCUAUAACGUCCGAGCAGUUGCAAAUAGUAUGUAAACCUGACGGGACGUAUCAGUUGGCCUCAGUCAAUCCAAACGUCUCUGGUCAGAGAAACGUCCUGACAUUGCAGAAUCUGGACGAUGCCGGUAUCGGUUUCUCCAGACAGAUACAGCGUACCUCCGAAGCUUCUGGGACAACGUCGAGCAGGAAUACCUACGACAGAUUAAUUCCCGUCAAGGCUUCCCCGCAGUCUGGUCAAAAUACAGGUUUACCCAAAUUUCAGCAAGCUUUUGGUAAAACAAUUUAUACUUUAUCAACGGAUACGACGACUGUGGCAGCCUCUGCCACAACGGAGACCAUUUCUCAACCGAGUACCAUACAGAAAACAUCAAGCAACCUUUCGAAGGCUGUACAAACUUCCGUUCAAAGUGCCCAAUCGACGAACGCACCGAUGAACGUUCAAUCGAUCACCAACAUUCCAAAUUUGCAACUGUCAGCUGGUAGGCAAAUACUUAAUAUCGUCCAGAGUUCUGGUACUAGUAACACCAGCGUAACGACACCUAAUGCAACUAGUCAGGCAAUUACCCAACUCGUACAAAGCGUACAAAACGCCUCACCUGGCGUCAUCUACACGCACAAAAUUCCAGUAACGAUAUCCACUACGAAUCCCAGUCAGCUGAAUAUCAUUCCGACAAUAUCACACGCCAAUUCGAUACCAGGAAACAGGACGCCGGUCGUUAAAUUAAACAUCAUUAGAGCAGGUACGCCAAUUCGACAGCAAAACAUCGCUGUGCUAACAGCGCCCAGACUUCCGCAACAACAGCCUCAGCAACAACAGUCAACCGUCAGGACGGCGGAGAACUUAAUAAAUUCACCUAUCGAAGUCCCAAACCAGGUGAGCUCGACGACUCUGGAGCAAUUGAGGGAAUUCGAGAGUGUCCUGGAACAAGUGAAAGAAAGGAGUACCAUUCAGCCACAGCAUCAGACCUCAACUACAACAACGACGACCGUGCAGACUCAAACUACAACGCAGCAGGCACAAGCAGUGAAACAACAUUCUUCGGUUAGCGCUCUGGCGCAACAGCUUCUGAUGCCAACGCAGUCACCGGGUAGUACAGAGUUUCCUAGCAAUGGGAAUACUGUAACCUUUCAGCAACAACAAGAUGUAUUUCCGCAGAAGGUGUCGCUGACAUAUGUAAAUCAAGGUACCGGGACUACCGGGUCCAAAGUUACAAGUUCGACUCCGGUCGUUGUUGUAACGAGUUACUGUCAACCGGCAGCUUCCCCGGCUCUUAGUGUCACCUCGCAAAGUUCUUCGAGUCCUUGCGUCACACCGGCACCCGCACCAAUACCUGCUGCAGGUAAAACUCCACCGACGCCGUCAUCGAAAACCGUCAAGAAGACAGCACCAAAGACCGUAAAAACAAGUGCGACCAAUACGUCUAAAGCAUCCCCGAUUCCAAAGCCACAGCAAAAGCCCCAGGAAGAUGAACAGACCGCACAAAGGAUCUAUGCGAUAUUAGAUGAAUAUGCCGAACAGCUCAGGAACUCGCCGGAUCUUAAUAAUAAACCUGCACCCAGGAGACGCUCGAAUCCACCGACGAAUCCUAGUCAAUCCUCGAAGCGGAAGAAGUCAAACUCAAGUAAAUCGAAACCUGUCGGUCAACAAACGUCAGAGUUAAGUCCCAGUACGGAUGAUCUUGGUAGAACAAUGGGAAGCGAGGAUUCAUCCUCUGGUGUUGUUCAUGUACAGGACAGUCCUGCAGGCUUCUCUACCUCAGAGGAACCUUCCGGCGCGUCGAACGUGGACGCCUCUGUAGAGGCCAGAAGUUUGAAUGAUUCGAAUGAUGGUGUCGAGCUUAACAUCAAGAGGCGGAAUCUGAUUUUCACUGAACCUAGCACAGGUCAACCUCGUGCUGUCAUCGUCCAGGAAGCUGUACAGACUACUGCGGUCAGUGUAAGCGAAGCACUAGCAUCGGUUACUGGAAAAAUGGGCAGCACAGCUGUCCUGGUGCCUGGUACCAAUUAUAUUCUGCCGAUGAACCUAAUGAAGGGAGGUCAACAAUUCACGAUAGUUUCUGGUGGCUCCAAACUAUUGGCUACUGUUCCAACCACUGUCAGAACAUCCGGUACGACUGGGGUCUCGAAUGCCCUGGUAUUGCAAUCUUUUCUCAAUCAGGCAGGAAAAAUUAUAUCGCAGCCAACCCAGGUGAAGCAAGUCAAACUACCAACGUUACAGACCAUAACAACUAAUCAAACUUUGACAGCGCAGAACGUUCAGAAUGCAUCAGUAGUGAUGCCGCAAACUAGUACAAGUGGUACGCAAUUCGCUGCGGAGUCUACCGAGAAAACUACUAACGAGAUUGUCGGCAAAAGUGAUGUCACAUCCGGAAUAUCAUCAGUCGAAUCAGGUGGAAGUGCCAUUCUGGUUAAUAAAACGCCGACGAUCGGACUCAUUCAAAGGAAUAUCAACGUGAACGAGUUGAAUGAUAAUCAGCAGAUCUGUGGCGUCAUCACGAGCAAUCCUAGCUUGACUCUUCAAGGCACGAGGCUCUUCAAUUCCUCCAUCGCAAAGCUGUCGUCACCCGGGUCUUUGAAGACCGAGAGCGUUGUUUGUGUAGCGUCAGCUGCGAUAGCACAAUCCCCGGAGAAAAAGCCAGCCCAGGAGAAUGUGCAGUCCGAGAAACCAGUUGCUCUGCAGGCUGCUACCAUUGCUUUGGCAUUUGCACCGCAGUCUGAUGUUUCCUCAAUAAGCAAUAGUCAACAGCGAGAAACCAAGGAAGCCUCUACGGAGAUCAUCACCGAUGACAAAGUCAUCUCACCCAAGACUGUAAAGAGAAAAAUUGAUGAUACUGCGGAUCUAGUUAACAGUAUGCCGAGGACUUUAAUCGCAUCAAAUUCUAUCGUGUCUUCGACGGUGGUGACGUCGUUGCAAAAUGCUACAAAGCACGAUUCUGUCUCUGUGAUGACUGCAACUACGAAGCAAUCAAGUAUGGAUAAUACGUCUGGACAAUUUCUUGUAACGGGUGGUCCGAGCAGCUCGGACAGCCAGGAGUCAUCAAUUCAACAAUCGUCAGAGAGCAUCGAUGCUGCGUCAAAAGUAGGAAAUGGCAUUCUCUGCGGAAACGCGAGACUUCAGGAGGCCUGGGAGCCAGAGAGGAAGGCCUCUCCGGAUACACCAUGGAGGUACGUGCCAACGUCGACGAAUCAGCUGAGCAUCGAGCCAUUAAAAGUGUACUCCAGGGAGGGUGACAGUUCCGAGAACGUGCACAAUGUUCUUCAGAUAAUAAACAAAGGUCAGGGUAUAGAAAUGGCAAGUGGUCAGGUGUAUCAAACAAAUGCCAAGAAGUACUUCAUGAAUCACACCCUGGAGCCAUUCCAGCAAUACUCAAACAAGAGCGGCAUGGCAAAGGCACAACCGAACCCUAGAUUGGAUCGGGAGUUGUUACAGCAAAGAAUGGAAAGAAAAGCUGCAGCCAUAGAAAGAGAAUUAAGGUUGCAGAAGAGCCUCUCGGAGGAGUGCGAGGACUUGGGUGUCGAUGAGCCAAGUACCAGUGAUCUCUUUCCUGAAGCAGACUUACUCUUUGAUACCAAUCAUUCUCCAUCUUUUGAUCAUUCCUCACAGGAUGCCUCGUGCAGCCAACCUCUCGGCCUCAAGUCCUACAACGCCUCCUACUUCCGUUCACUGGAUUCAUCAAGUGGCAGUCGGGAUGCCAGUCCAGUCGCUGAUUUCAAGCUGAACGAGCGAAGAAAAAAUGUCGUGCAGCGUACAAGAACAAUAAAAGACACUGUGAAGAGAGCCAAGAGAGAGAAGGUCGAAGACAUGCAAAUGGGAAAUCCCGCGAAGCACAUACGACUGAGCCUGGAGAAUUUAAGUCAGGACGAGGCGUCGAACAGUAACUCCGACGUCUCAAGACUUUCGCCAGUAACUUUGCCAUUGAUUGAGAAUGAUUUCUCAAAAGAUUCAAGCCGAGCAAAGGUAAGAUCUAGAAACGGUUCGAAAGAAGGUUCACCGAGCAGUGCGUCCAGUAUACCAUCCAAUAUGAAGCUGGACAUAGACCUAGACUCGGCGGAGUCCUUACCAGCAGGGACGAACGCGAACAAUGUCUCGGUGGCGAGUUCUGGGGACGAGAGCCUUACACUCCUCAGCGGCAACACAGCUGACGUGACGAUACCUUCGCCUCUGUCGCCAAUUGCGGGUCCUCUGCUCUCUACACACAACAAAUACACCUACGCAAACAAGAAGCGUGGAGCUUCAAAAGUGACGCGAGCGAAUGACUACCUCUCCUGGGAGAGUCCUAUGUCCGAGAGAACGAGAUCGAGCAGCGAAGAAGAGGAGGACGAGGAAGACGACGACGAGGAUGAGGAGGACGACGAGGAAGAGGAGGAAGAGGAUUCGAGUAUCAGCGAAUCCAUAGGCAGUCAGCCCGAGGACGUCAUAACGAAUGGCUUGGACGAGUCCGUCGUAAUGGCCAGGGAUAAAGCGAAGUCAAGUUCUGCUGGCGACCGUUGCGUCUAUUUGAAAAGAAAGGGAAAGCUGCAGGUGAAUGCGCGGGUAGUUUUAAAUCGUGCCGAUGCGAAAAGCGUGUUGUCGGGCCGUACAAAAAGUGAUUUGAUCCUAGAGUCUGCUGUAGUUUCCAGCGAUAAGACUUCGGAACCUUCUGACGAUGAGACAAGCAAUACCACAUCGGUAGAACCGGAUUGUCGUGCGAGACGCUCCAGUUUGCGAGGUCACGUAAAGAAAGGCUGCGCCUGCUGCAACGGUUCGCCUGAGAGACCCAAGAAAAAGUCAGUUAAGCUGGACCACAAGCUAAAAAAGAGACUAGCUUCGAAACAGUUAGGGAAGAAAAGGUAGUCCUAGCGAUUAAGCUCUCGCUUGAGUAUUCUCUUUGUAUUGUAAUUGUAAAUUUUACCCCUCGACGUUUAAAAGGAUAAACAAACAAGCUUCCGAGCAAGAAUGGCCGAUGGCUGAUGGUCGAUUCCCGCGUGCGUGGCCUCUGAUGGCGUAUCUCCAUUAUGCAUUCUACUACACUGUACACGAAUAGACAAGUACACUGUACGCACUGUUGAGUAUAAGAAAGGACGCGCUCCGCCACGACGCUCUCUCAUAAGCGUACGAAACUCGCGCGACUCGCAGGCCAAGCUCUGACAAACUCAUACUGUAAAUACUAGUAUGCUUAAUGAGUGUAAGACAAGCUUUACUUUCUCCCAGACUGUUCGGAGCGAGACUGGGCAAGAAUAAACGAGUUCUCCGUAGGUAUAUAAAUUAAUAUUAAAUAUAUUUGCUGGUAAGAUCAGAUGAACGAUUUAUUAACAGUUCUCAAUAAGAGUAGCGAAUCCCUUUAGAUGUUAUAAACGAUAAACGAUACUAAUGAUAGUACAGAUCAUUAUGGAUGGCAAAUUUAGAUUAAAUCAUUUAAGGACAUUAGAAAUGCAAUCUAGUCAGAGGGUGAGGCUCCAGAUGGGAUAUAAAAAUGAGAAGAAGGAAGGAAAUGAUUUAAGAAUGUCGAUCGGUACAGAUUCUUUACGAAGUAUAAUGAUGAAAGAAAGAGAAAAAAAAACAGAUUUAUAACUCUACCUACAGUAUCUAUCGUAUUAGAGAUAUAUUGUAUCUACCGUGGCGUCACGAUCGGACCGGAUUUAUCAGAUCAACUCUUCCUUCCAUCCCGACGAAAAAAAAAAAAAUGUACUCGUUCGCUAAUAAAAAGAUCAAUUCUCCACUGUCUACGCACUUACAGUCUUAUGCCGCAUUUCUAUUUAUCUGCGCACGAUGAAAAUUGUCGCCAUUGGAUAUUCUUGGAUUUGUGCUUAAACAAUCUGACCAUUAUUAUCUAAUAAUAAUCUGAUUGAAAAUACACGAGUGUAUCGACGUAAGCUAAUUGUUACUGACGCAAUCGUAAGAAACCUCCUUUGUGAACUUUUCAAUUUUGCCGACAGAAGUCGCAAUUGUUACCUGGCCCUUAAAGGCUUUUUUUUUGUGAAAAAACUUCCCUCCUGCGACGUUUGCCGUGAAACGCGUCAACGUGAAAAAGAGCGGGAAAUUUCUUCUCGUUUAAAAACAAACAAGCAAUUACUAAUUGCAGAGCCAUAAAACUUCCAAAUAAUUCAUCAGUCAUUCAGAGCGCGUUCGGUCCGAUUGCACCGCGCUGUAGUGCAUGUAAAAAAAAAAGGAACCCACACAUGUACAUUACGUAGUCUACCGUAGGUAAUCCAUUAAAAAUAUAUAAUGUUAUAUCGCUGCACUUUAGUACAAAAAUGCUUCGUCUUACUUGAAACGACAGGUUCUUAUCAUCUCUCCAUAUGCACCGUCGUAACGUGCGAAUGCCUGCAAUUAAUUAUAAAGUAUGUUAAUAAAGAUCGAGUGGCUGUAAACGAAUGAUGAUGACGGGAGGUUAGGAAAGUUCAGGGCUCUUGAUUGCAGUAUGUUAUUAAAUUAACCUUCGUCAAAGUCCCUUCAAGGAGAUCAUCGGAUGACGAUACGAAUUUAAGGUUAUGAUUCGGAUAAAAUCCAUUAUCUUCGGAUAACCUCAAAGCGAUUUACAUGAAGAUAAUUUUGAUAACGUACUACGAAUAUGAAGCUUGGUGGGCGGGGGAAUUUUGAAGGUGGGAAGGGGGUUGUUAAAAAAAAAAAGAAUGUUAAAAGAAAAAAAGCGAACUUUUAUAUUAGGCGGUGAAACCUAAUUUCAAUCAUUGUGUCCAAUUGAAAUUCUUCACACCGAAUUGGCAUCGCGAGUGGUAAAGAGAUGCAAAUUUUUAUUUACGUUAUUAUAUAAUAACUUUAGAUACGCAUUUUCGUCUUAUGUGUAAUUUUCCUUUUUUUUUUUGUCGUUCCAUUGAUAUAACGUCCACUCUGUUUAUAUCGUUUACGAAGUAGUAAUAUUAAAAAAAAAUUAUGUACUUUAAAAUCUUUUUUUUUUUUAAUCCUUUCUGAUCUCAUUAUACGAUUACUUUAGUUCAAUAAAACUGUGUAUUUAUAUGACCUCAUUUACGGUUUAAUUUAUUGUUUUGAUGCAUUUACCUCUGACCGUGGGAAGUAACGGGGUCGCUUUAGUAUUAAAAUGGAUUCACGUACGUAUCGAUAGACGAUCGAUUUUUAAUUAAUUUAUUAAUACUGGUUUCACCGUCAUGACGUCGCUACGGUAUAUAUAUAUAUAUAUAUAUAUAUACACACGCAUGUACAUAAAAUUCUGAAAUAACGCAAAAUUUUGUAACCGCGUGUGUCGAUAGAUGGAGCCUUUCCCUUUUCUUUCUCCGUAUCACGACUUCACGAGAUGCAACCGUGACUACUGUCUCAUAAUUCUGUAUGGAUUCGAUCGCGGGUAACGAUUAUUGAUUAUUGACAAGAACAAAAAAAAAACGUAAAAAUAAGCAUACCUUCUAUCUUCCUGUAAAUUGUAUACAUAUAUGAUAUAAUAUAUACAUGCAUAUAUUUAUAUAUUAUAUAAUAUAUACAAAAAAAAAACAAAGCGUAAAUGACCGGUCUCCUGAUGAAAUUUUUUUAUUUAUUUUGAGAAAAGAUUUAUUGCGGAAAAUAAGAGAGGAGUAUUUUUUGAGAGAUCGCAAAAUUUUUUUACGCCUCUACAAUGAUGCGAAUCCUUUUUUUUUUUUUUUUUAAUUGUCGUUUAACACUCGUUAGUCGUACCAAACCAGCAUUUAUAAGGAGCGAGGUGGGGGUAAGGAGGAGAGAGAGAGAGAAAGAUAAAGUAAGAGAACUCAGAUUAUCGACGGGAAGAAUUAAUUCCGGAAGGGUAAUUCCGUAUUACUCAAGCUGCUGUUACGUACAACCCGUCGAAAUUGACUCGGGCGUCAUUUGCUUUGCAAGGUGCGUUUGUUGGGGCUAGCGGCGUAGCUCAUGGCAAAAAGAAAAAGAAAAGCAAAGAUAAAUAAAGCGACAUAGUUUACGUAGCUGAGAUUCAAAAAAAAAAAGAAAUGACGGGCGUGCAGUAGAACGAAAUCUUUGAUCAUGAAAUCUUGCGAUUAUCGUUAACAGUCGAUUCGGCAUAAAAUUACGAGAAAAAGUAAAAAAAAAAACAAACGCUCGAGAAAAGAGGCGAGGAAAGGAUAAAAACGAAAUAAAAAAACAGCAUGCAAAAAAUAGCACACUGAAACGGUACGGCAAUGCCCAAAAAGAAUUCGCAAUCGACAAGCUCUGCUCUGUACAUACCUAAAAUAUCCUAGGGGUAACGCAUAAGGGAGAUAAUAUGAUUACUUCUUUUUUCUUUUUUUUUUUAGGCGUACGACUAUUCUAAUUUUAAGUAAACGCGUAAGGAAAAGAAAAAAAAACAAUUGUAUUUGCAAGAGUAUAUAUAUAUAUAUUUAAGAUUGCGCAAUCGGCGGAAAAAAAAUAACAUAUUACUCCGGUAUUGGUACUCUAAAUAUGGUAUAGAAAUUACCUAUACAUAUGUAUACACACGUGAAUGAAUGUGCACGCAUGUGUGAAUUUAUAGUAAGGGAAUGCAUGGAUGUUGCGCUAGUGGAAAUUUUGAGAGAAAAAAAAUAAACGAUGCACAAAUUCGUCACGAGCCGGCGGAUGUUAAAAGGGUAGCGAAACGUCAAUGGAACAAAAAUAAUUGGCACGGCGUACGGCGUCUGGUCGGUGAGCGACUUUUUUUUUCUUUUUUUGUCCUCGAAAGAGCCCAGAAUCGCAAAAUAAUAUCUAUAGACAUAUACGUGUCACACUGAUCGAUAUCAUUGGGACGAAUGAUAAUACUCCAUGGAUAUGACUGUACAGCGUAUUUAACGAAUAUACUUGUCCGAGGUUUACAUAUAUAUCGAGAAGUCUCUUUUUUUUUUUUCAAAGCGGAAGUAUUAAAGGAUUGCAUAUUGUACAUAUAAACAAGACAUAUUUUCUAUAUAUGGGACGUCGCAAGAGAUUCGAUCGCCCGUGAAAUAUUGCAAUAUUACGAUAAUUCUUUCGAACGGUAGAGAAUAGUGUUUAAUCGUUUUAUGUAAUUGUAACCAUAGAAGAGGGUCUGGCAGAAUAAAAAUGAAAGUUCUGUAUUUA